GCCUGUGUCCCCGCCCCCAGUGAUACAGCAGUGGCCCCUCCCUGAAUGUUGGGGGUGGGAUGCUGGUGCCGGUGAGACAUUGGCUCAGACCUGAUGCAGCGGCUCCUCUAUUCCCAGUGAAUAUUCUGCUCCGGGGAGGGAGGUCUCGCGUCAGUGGAGCAGAAGGUUGGCACCACACAAGUCCACUGCACCAGUCCAUGAACAAGUGAUGGCUCUGAUGUAGAGGGUCCCUCACACUAUAAAACGGUGAGCAAAGUCUUGUCUGUGCAACUUUUGGCCACACCACUGGAUUUCUCACGGGGCUGUAACUGACGACUGACACCAUGUUGGCGCCUAGAAAAGGUCUUUUGGGCAACCUCAACUAUGUUCACUUACAGCAUGUGUCCCUCGGGGUGCACCUGUCCCUGCGGCCCGAGCUAGUGGAGGGUCCAUUCACCAAGGGCCCAGGGAAGGAGGAAGAGCUCACUAGCUGUUACCACUGCAUUAAGGAGGGUUCAGUACCCAAUGAGGUGGAUGCCAAUUCGAAUGACCCUUCUGUUCCGUGCCAAUGUUGUGACCAACACCCUGGGCAGGGCAAAACCUGCAAUUACAGCCCUCAAGACAACAUGGAUCCAAUGACCAGCGAUGAUGAGCUCUUGUCUCCAUCGGAUCCUCCACUCAGCCCAUUCUCCCCAUCCUCCAACAGCAGCAGCUCUUCAGAUUUCACUCUGGAUGACUCUCCUGUCUCCAUGUACUUCCGGGAAUUCCUAGAGGGUGGGUGCGAGUCUCCUGACCACCAACCAGAGAUUAUCCCGCUAGAUUCUUCCACUGGAGAACUCAAUUCUUCCAUGGGCCUCUCAUCUCAGGACCAUUCUCUGUGCCUGAACAAUGAGAAGAACCAGUAUAAUAAUCUAAUGGUCAUUACACCAGAGAUACCCAAACACCUCAAUAUAGAGGCCAUAUCCAAAGUCUGGGGUUCUGGUUCUACUUUGGAUGCCAACUGUAAUGCAGUGCCAGACUGCCACACUCUGAAUUUCAACCCCCCUGACAGAGCCACAGAUAAAGGGGACAUAGAUAAUAGGGUGGAGGAACUGAGGGGUACAGAGAAGGACACUGGCCCUUCAGCUACAGAGUUGAGUGAAGAGUCAGCAGCCCGUAGCCAAUCUUACCGGGAAGCUGAUGACUAUAUUACCAGUGUGUCCAUGCCAGGAUCAUUCCAAAGCCCUAAGAAGAACAUCACCUCAUUCCAUGAAUUAGCUCAGAAAAGGAGAAGAAGUGGAGGGGUCCCCCCAGCCCUACAAGGAAAGAAAGACAAGAGUGACUGGCUAAUCAUGUUCUCCCCAGACACAGAACACCCCCCAAUCAAUGAACUGACAUGCUCAGACUUCUUCCAGUUAAAUGUAGGGUCCAACAUCCAGACCCUUCCAGCAGGUAAGGAGACCAUCACAUUCAAAGAGCUGCGUUAUCGCAAUGCCCUUGUCAAGCAGAGCAGCCACCCAGCCAAAUGUCAGCCUGAUGGACAGAAGGAGCCCCUACAGCCUAUUGCGGGACAGUGGUGGCCUCAAAACACAGCAGGAGACAAGGGUCCUCAGAUGCCAGUUGGCAGUGACCCAGGACUGAAGUGCCACUCUGAGGAACACAGUGAGAUCCAGGAGCCUUCUAAAGAAGACAAGGUCCUCCAUGACCCACCUGCUGGUCAGUUAAAGCAGCACUCACAAACAAUGGCAAAGGGAGACAAUUAUAGCUUGUCCUCUAAAAACCUGGGACCUCAACACUUAUACACAGGCAUGGACAAUAGUAUAAAUAAGACCCUACAAGGAGCACACACUGCAAGUCCCUUGGCAGAUUCCAUCCUGGGGGGAACAUUAUUGCACUGCACCUUCCAGAGGAACAGAUCAGAGAAACAGCAGCCAGUCACAUGGACCAUGCCAACCAUAACCAAGGACUGGAGGCGAGGGAUGGCAGAUGGAGGAGACAAGAGAGGCAGAGAAGGGCCCCCACAAUUCUCUGCUCCUGUUCUUGCCCCAGUCUCAGGCGAUGCCCCAGCACCUCACCCCCCCGGCUUGUCUAUGCAAAUGCUCCCCACCCGCCUCUCCCCACUGGGUGCCUUUUCCCCCCCACAUCGGGGGCUGCUGCCCAUGUUGGACCCCCUUGAGUUCGCUGUUCUGCUGUCACCGCUGUUUCCCAGGAGCAGGACCCGCCCCAGACCGACCACAGAGGAAGCAGCCCCCCAGCAGGACUCACCAGCCGCAGCCCAGAGACUGUUGAUGGCCGGUGAGAUUGAAGAUUCACUUCUCAGGGACAAGAAAGGUCUGUUGGUUGCUAUUGGCUCCUCUGUGGAUCGGAUCAUUGGCCACUUUAACAGCAGCAGGAACCGCGUGCAGAAGGCGCAGUUGGGAGACAGUCGUCUGAGCCCAGAGCUUGGCCACCUCCUCCUGGGCGGCCUGUGCCCGUCUCUCUACUCCCUAUUGGCCGACGGCCUCAAGCCUUUCCACCGGGACGUCAUCGUGGGCAGGAGGAGGCUGAGCCCCUGGAGUCUAGUGGAGGCUUCUGUUGUCAGGGCAGGUGCCGGGCCCCUCCACACCCUCCUGUGCAACAUCAGCCGCCUGUCAGAGCUCAGGGACCCCCGGCGCAGGUUCAACGCAUUCCUAUUCGGCCUCCUCAACACAAAACAAGUGGAGCUUUGGAUGUCCCUCGUGCAUCAGUCAUACGAUUCCCUGUGUCUGUUCUUUGCCCCCACGGGAUUCCUGCCGCUGGCUGUAACGACUGAGCGGGGGCUGUUGGACGAGUUACUGGUGACCCUCCAGCCCCUGUCGGCCCUCACGUUCCAUGUGGAUCUUCUGUUUGAGCAUCACCACCUCCCCCUGCACGAGGCCCCCCAGCUCAACCAGGGGCCCCCCCAUGAGACUUGGGGUGUUUCCACUAUGCAGGAUAUUGUCAGUUUGGGGGCGUGGCUCAAACACAGGCUCCCCCCCCAGGACUCCCCCAUUAGGGGCACAGGAAUGAGCUGGUGGGGGCAACUCCGCAAAACCUCGCGCCUCUACCUGCCCCCUCAAAGGGCAAAUUUCUCCUCCUCCCACUGGAACAAACAGGGGAACCCGGGGGGGCCCCAGAAAGUGGCAGAGGAGGAAACUGAAGGUUUAAGCCCCCAGGGGCAAAACACUCCAGUGUCUGAAAUAAAUACCCCAGGGCAACCCAGCGACCUGCCAAGUGCCCCCCCUGCAGAGCACAUUGGAGCUGAUUCCUCAGUGGGGGACAGAGAAUGGAGUUCUGCGGAUCCAAGAGAAAAGAAACAACACAACAGCCCCUACGUUGCCCCCAGAACUGGACAAUGGGGAGGUUGGUUGGGGCAUUUGUUUGGGGCAAAACCUUCUCCCACCCAACAAAAGACAAAGUCACGACUGCCCUCUGCUUGGCUGCCCCCCAGUGUGAGUGUCCUGGAUGUGAUUGGACUCCCCUCAUCAUCAUCAGAGAGAGCCCAGAGUGUGGCCCCGGGGCCGGAGGAGACGAAAAGGAAGAGCCGGUCCGAGAGGUGGGUUCGGGCCCUGUGUGACCAGUGCGGGUCGGAGGAGGGGCUGAGCUUCAGGAAGGGGGAGGAGCUUCAGGUGAUGAAUACGGUGGACGAGGACUGGAUCCGGUGUCGACGGGGGAAUGAGACGGGAUUGGUCCCCGUGUGUUACACCUCCCUUAUUAUGUGA